CAGAAUAAUAAUUAUAAUCGUGGGGGCUACCCGCCAGGCACUGCAGGUAGGCACCUCAGCCGUAAAAUAACAUUAGGGGCCCUAAAGCCUCCUCCCCUCUCGUCAGAACCAUGAUAAAACACCAACCCGGUCCAUCGCCAACCACAGCCGGUAUUCACAACCACACACGUCCCCGCCAUUAUGGCCACGGCUCGCUGGACUGCGCCGGCGCGGUGGUCCACCGGCAUCGCGGCGCUUCUUCUGGCCGUGUCUAUGUUAUCCGCGCAGCACGUAGCCGCGCAGGCGGACGCGACCGUGUCGAUCCAGGACUCGCCGGCUUACACGCAGCUGCGGGCUUGUGCACGGCGCAUCGUGUCCGAGGACGACUGGCUGCGGGCGGGGCUCAGCUGCCCGGCGCCGUGGUACAACUUCUGCUACUGCCGCGGCGAUUUGCGGACCGUCGCCACCAAGUACAUCAGCAGCUGCAUCUUCACCGACUGCCAGUACAACAGCGUUGAUUACACGUCUGUGGUCAGCAUCUACGACGCCUACUGCGCCACCGCCCUUCUGGCCUCGCCGACGCCGACGCCGCCGGCCACUGCGCCUGACCACGCGGUAACCGUCACGUCGACUAUUAGUCCCGGCGGCACGGCCGUCGUCAUCGUCGCUACCACCAUCGUCCACGACAGCGCCGGCGGCAGCGCUAGCAGCGCAGCUCCAGGUCGGUCACCACCGCCCUCACGGCUCGCGGCCCUUGCAGUCUGUGGCGCCGUCGCGGCCGCUACUGCGACGGUUCUCUUCUGUGGCCUUGUUUCUGCGGGCUGACGGGCGGCGCUAUCUUCUCUCUCUCUCUAUUUAGGCACAGGCACAAGCACAGGCACCACAUUCACCACUGCCGUGGUCGUCGGAAACAGCCCGUCCCAAACGCUCUACUCCACCUUGACUUUUCACUCGACGCGCGAGGCAGCAUCAUCCCCAGGCGGCGGCGGCGGCGGUCUGAGCCAGUCGGACAAGAUUGCUCUGGGCACCGGCAUCAGCAUCCCCUUGGCCGCCCUGAUCGUUGCCGUCUAUGUCUGCUUGGCGCGCAGACGAGGACGGGGCCCUUGAAGAAUAGUUCUAAUUACCUCCCUUGAUUAUACAUGUACAUUAAUUACCUAGGUAGUCAAUGGUUAGUCUGGUUCUGGCUGCGGUUUUUCCUAAUUACCUAGAUGGUUUCGCAGGGAAACUACCUCGUCCUAAUCAACCUUCAAUUCCACGUAGAGAUAUUGGUUCUGGG